UAACAAAAAAGGCUGCAACUUUGAAAGAAAAAGAAAAAAAAAAAAAGGAAGAAGCUAUUUACAACUUCGUCGCCGAUCAGCUGAAUCAACGGUGAGGAUCGACUCGAACAUUAAUCAACGGACUAGAUCGUCCCGUGACGAAUCGAACUCUUUACAUAAAAGUCAGGGUUUUUUUCCACUGGAUUUUAAGCUUAGAAUUGAAAGACGUUGGGGAUUUUUCACUACUAGGAAGAGACGCUUCCAGAGAUUAUCAUCAUCCACCGAGAAAUCCGAAAGAUUGAACAAGAUGCAUUACAUGGGUAUGUUUAGUAAAGCUGGAAACAUAUUUAGGCAGCCUAGAGCGUUGCAGGCCUCGAACGCUAUCUUACAAGGAAAUCUUUCAUUGACUCCAUCUAAGCUCUUUGUUGGAGGUCUCUCACCAACUACUGAUGUAGAUCUCUUGAAAGAUGUUUUUAGCAGAUUUGGAAAAAUCGUUGAUGCUGUAAUCAUUUCGGACCGUGAGAGUGGUGUAUCGAAGGGGUUUGGUUUCAUAACAUAUGAUUCUAUCGAUGCUGCUAAUACUGCAAUGCAAUACAUGAAUGAACAGGAACUUGAUGGGCGAAUAAUUGGAGUGAACGCAGCUGAUCAAGGAGGCGGUGGUGGUGGUUUUGGUAGAAGGGGAGGUUAUGGUGGUGGUCGUGGUGGAUUCGGUCGUGGUGGAUUUGGACGUGGUGGAUUCGGUCGUGGUGGCUAUGACUUUGUUCGUUAACUUGGCAUCCGAGAAUGUCUACCACCGAGAUUUGAUUAGUAUGCGGUUUGAUUUUCUCUUCGCAAAGACCAAUAGUUUUUGUUAUAACAAAUAGAUCAACCAGCUAAAGUUGGUAAAAACGUUUGUUGAUUCAAUGGAAUUUAACACAUUGAUAUAAUAAAAGUUCCAAAUUUUGAGAUAU